CUGUGAAGGUGACCAAGCACUGGCACAGGUUGCCCAGGGGGGUGUGGAGUCUCCAUCCUUGGAUAUUCUUGAAACACACCUGCACAUAGAUCUUGGGGACCCUGCUCAUAGAUUGUGCAGGGGGUCAGACCAGCUGGAUUCAUUAAUUCCUCCAGGAAGUCUCUGGCAACCUCUGCCUUUCUGUGAGACUCUGUGACUAAUGGCUUACUGUAGAAAAGCAGCUCUUGCAACUUUUUUCCUGAUUAUAUUUUUAUUCUUGUAUUUGAUUGCUUCCCAAGGGUACAUGCACGCACACCUGUAUUCCUUCCUCAAAGUUUUUCUGUUGUCCUGAAAUCCUCAGGUUUUUUUGCCUUCAGCUUCAGUUCCUUGGCUAGAGUUGUGCUUUUUGAAUCAUUCCUGAAAGUGUGUGACCAAUGUGGUAAUUAAAUGUGCAUUUUGAAGUCUGUUCCUGAUGCAGAUUGGCUGCAUUGGAGUUGUGAAGAUGCUGUACCCUGUCUGCAUUUCUCUAUAAAUAAAGUUCUAAGUAUGGUUUGAUCCUCAAAGGACCCUUGAGCCACAGCAGUUCCAUUGCUCUAUCACUGACUUAAAAUUUUUUUAUUUUCCACUACAGGAAAAUUCACGUGAGAAAGCCACCUACCAGGUACUCUUAUCUUAAAAAUUAAAAAAGAAGUCUAUAAGGAUAGAGGAUUUUGUUACAUUGGUGCCUUUCUUGAUGAUGUUGCUUUUACUGCUCGUCCUGUCUGCAUAUAACUAACUGUUUUAGAUUCUUGUUGCUAAAUCAACUUAAGCAUGCCAUAUUUUGUCCUGGAAAUUAUGAGUUCCCCACCAAAUGUGCCCCAUUGCUACGAUGGGAGAAGGACCAUACAAUAGCCUAUCUCUGUCCCUUCUUUUGGAUCCUGGGAAACAGGAUUCCUUGCAACAAAUGAGUUACAUCCUGAAUGAGACAAACACACCUGUAGAGCUGUAUGAGCAAAGUGCGAUAUGUGCUUACAGUGCACAUGAAUGUUUUGUUCAUCACUGUAAUUGUUUGAUGUCAAAUCUGCCAUGAGCACAAAUUAGUAACUUUUUGCUACAGCAGUUUUGAAUACAGAGUAGAAACUUGGUCAUCUGCAUACUCUGGCAUCUGUACAAAAAUGUCAAGAUUUUCCUUGGCAUGCAGUAGUGAGUUGUCAGUGUAGAUACCUUUCAUAUUGGCAUGUGUGCUGUGAUGUGUCUGGACUGCCCAUUUGACAAAUUUUUGUUGUGGUAGGUUUGAGGAGAAAAAUCAGUUUAAAACUCUCUGAAACCGCAUGUUAAAAUAGUAGUUCUCACUCAGCUGUGCCCAAGCUGCAGUGUUUUACUUGGUGUAGCCACAAAAUCUUUUAGAGCCACGCAGGACUUGUCUGUUUACCCUUCCAAGUCUGUAAACUGUCCAGUAGCCCCAACUCUCGAGUAGGACAGAAGGGAAUUUGGGGACAGGCAUUGUUUACUCCAAUGUGCACACAGUUUUUCAUUCAUAUUUUGCAUCUGUGAAUUGCUGUUUUAUUUCUUUCAGGUCUUUGUGACUGAGCACCAUGCCUCUUCCAGAAACCAUGUUCUGUGCUCAGCAGAUCAAAAUCCCCCCGGAGCUACCUGAUAUUCUGAAGCAAUUUACUAAAGCUGCCAUUAGGACUCAGCCUUAUGAUGUUUUGCAGUGGGCAGCUGCGUAUUUUUCAGCCUUGUCUAAAGGUGAACCCCUUCCUGUAAAGAAGAGGCUUGAAAUGCCCUUAGCAGCAGAGAAAAAAGAUGCUGGUUUGACCCCAGGACUCCUUAAGGUCUUGCACAAACAGCUUUCUUCCAAAGGCAUGGUGACCAUUGCAGAACUGAGGGAAAAAUGGAAGAAUCUGGGCUUGCCAGAGGAGCAGCUGGGAGCUAUCCUGCAACUGGACAAUUUUGGCGAGGAGGUGGAAUGGAUGAAGUUUCUGGCACUUGGGUGCAGCGUGCUUGGUGGGUCCUUACUGAGUUCAAUGAAACAGGCCUGCGAGAUCCUAACAAGAGACCCAGAAGGUGGAGCAGCUCGAAUUCCCUUCGAAACAUUCUCAUUCCUUUAUUCAUAUUUGGCCAGUAUUGAUGGAGAGAUAUCACAGACAGAAACUAAAGCAUUCCUCCUGGGAAUUAAAGAACAAGCGGACAAACACUCCGGCAUGGUGCUGAUCAGACACUUCCUGCCAUACUCCUUCAUAUUUUAUUGAUCAACCCUACUCUUCAGCAUGAGGUGAGAGGGAAAAAAAAAAGGAAGGAAUAAAUAAGUUCAAGAAAAUAAUUUGUGUUCAAAGUACUGUAAUUUGCACAGAACAUGAUCCUCUUCUGUGGCAUUUCCUUUUCUUUGUCCUCUUCUUGAGAUGGCCUUUCAGAGGAUGUUAAUUGAAUACAUGGUUAUAUUGUUUUCCUGCCUCUGAGAUACUGAUGGCCACCCCUAGGUGAUUGUUAAGUGAAACACGGAAUUCAGUUAUGCUGGGGCAGCUGUAGUUGGAGCAUUUCUCAUUAUGCUUCUGGUAGCUGUGACUUCAUUUUGACUCUGGCACAAGUACAGCUGAUUGUUGGACUA